CCCCCCCGCCGCAGAGACCUCGCCUCGGACCCCUCCCCCCGCGCCCCGGCCCAGGGGGGGCUGCCCCGUGCCCGACCCCCCCCAUGAGAUUUUUUAGGCUGACCUUCAAGUGCUUCGUGGAUUGCUUCUGAUCCCCCCCGCGGCUGCAGUGACCCCCCGCCUCCAGAGCACCCCCCGGCGCCCCUCCCCCCCCAGCUCGUCUCUUUGCAAGGGGGGGGAGAGAUUUUAAAUUGCAUCCCCUUUCUUCCCCCCCCCCGCCAAGACCUAGAUCCUGAGCCCCGCCUCGUAAGUUUGGGGGAGACCUUCCUCUCCUCCCCCCUCCGCAGGACCCCCAGAUCCCCCCCUUUGAAUCCCCCCUCCAGCGCCCACAGACCCCACCGCAGCGCCUCUCCCAGACCCGGAUCUUCCCCCCCCCGCACUUCCUAGAUUGGGGGGGUACCGAACCCGCCCCCCCACCGGACCAUGAGCAAAGGGAGCUUGCUGGAAAACGGGGUGUACAGCGUCCCCUUGAGGGGGGUCAUGUGCCAGGAGCAGGAGGAGGGGGGGCUGGUGGCGGUGUCCCGCAAAGGGGACCGGGGGGGCCCCCUGCCGGCCCCCCCGCCGCCCGCCGCCGCCCCGCCGCCGCCCCCCCGGGAGACCUGGACCCGGCAGAUGGAUUUCAUGAUGUCCUGCGUGGGCUUCGCCGUGGGGCUGGGCAACGUCUGGCGCUUCCCCUACCUGUGCUACAAGAAUGGCGGAGGUGUCUUUCUGAUCCCCUAUCUCCUCAUCGCCGUGCUGGGGGGGGUCCCCAUUUUCUUCCUGGAGACUUCGCUGGGGCAGUUCAUGAAAGCUGGGAGCAUCAACGUCUGGAACAUCGCGCCCCUGUUCAAAGGUCUGGGCUUCGCCUCCAUGGUGAUCGUGUUUUACUGCAACACCUAUUACAUCAUGGUCCUGGCCUGGGGCUGCUACUACCUGGCCAGCUCCUUCGCGGACCCCCUGCCCUGGGCCAGCUGCGGCCACCCCUGGAACUCGCCCGCGUGCACCGAGAGCUUCCCCCCGCCCUGCACCCCCGGGAACCGCAGCUGUGAGCCCGAGGGGCGCUCGCCCGUGCUGGAGUUCUGGGAGAACCGGGUGCUGCACCUGUCGAGGGGCCUGGAGGUGCCGGGGGCCAUCAACUGGGAGGUGACCCUCUGUCUGCUCGGGUGCUGGGUGCUCGUCUACUUCUGCGUCUGGAAGGGCGUCAAAUCCACCGGGAAGAUCGUCUAUUUCACUGCUACAUUCCCCUACGUGGUGCUGAUCGUCCUUCUGAUUCGGGGCGCCCUGCUCCCCGGUGCCGGCGCCGGGAUCCUGUAUUACCUGAAACCCGACUGGUCCAAGCUGGGAUCCCCUCAGGUCUGGAUCGACGCAGGGACUCAGAUCUUUUUCUCUUACGCCAUCGGUCUGGGCGCCCUGACAGCCCUGGGCAGCUACAACCGGUUCAACAACGACUGCUACAAAGAUGCCAUAAUCCUUGCCCUGAUCAACAGCGGGACGAGUUUCUUCGCGGGCUUCGUUGUAUUUUCCAUCUUGGGCUUCAUGGCAGCGGAGCAGGGGGUCGACAUCUCCAGGGUUGCAGAAUCCGGGCCUGGCCUGGCGUUCAUCGCGUAUCCCCGAGCUGUCACCCUGAUGCCCGUCGCUCCCCUCUGGGCGGCUCUGUUCUUCAUCAUGCUGCUGCUACUUGGACUGGACAGCCAGUUUGUGGGGGUGGAGGGUUUCAUUACAGGGAUCCUGGACUUGCUCCCGGCCAGCUGCUCGUUCCGGUUCCAGCGGGAGGUGACGGUCGCCCUGAGCUGCACCCUCUGCUUCUUCAUCGACCUCUCCAUGGUCACCGAGGGGGGCAUGUACGUCUUCCAGCUCUUCGACUACUACUCGGCAAGCGGCACCACGCUGCUGUGGCAGGCGUUCUGGGAGUGUGUGGUGAUCGGCUGGGUGUACGGGGCUGAUCGGUUCAUGGACGACAUCGCCUGCAUGAUCGGCUACCGGCCCUUCCCCUGGAUGAAAUGGUGCUGGAUGGUCCUGACGCCCCUCAUCUGCCUGGGCAUUUUCCUCUUCAACGUUGCCUAUUACAAGCCGCUGAUCUACAACCAGACCUACGUGUACCCCUGGUGGGGCGAGGCCAUCGGCUGGGCCUUCGCCCUCAGCUCCAUGCUCUGCCUGCCCCUCACCGCCCUCUACAAGCUCCUCCGCGCCCAGGGGACCCUGGCUGAGCGCUGGCAGGACCUGACCCAGCCCGUCUGGGGGCUGCACCACCUGGAGUACAAGCUGCCCGAGGGGGACGGGAGGGCGCUGACGACGCUGAACCCCGGCGCCGAGGACGUGGGGAAAGUCGUGAUCCUGGAGAGCGUCAUGUGACUGCGAGCGGCCCCCCUCCCCCCAAUCACACAGCCGCUCUGUGGGGGGGGCAGGACCCCUGAACCAGCCCCCACAAGCCCGGACGCCUGGGUUCUCUCCCUGGCUCGGGGAGGGGAAUGGGGUCUAGGGGGCUGGGAGCCCGGACACCUGGGUUCUCUGGGAGGGGCACCUAGAAUGGCUCCCCUGUUCAGACCCACACGCCACAGAGCCAGCAUAACACCCCCCAGCCAGCGAACCCAGGCGUCCUCCCCCCCCCCCCAGCCCUUGAACAUAGAUUAUAUUUUGCACAUUUUGUAUCGAGAGCUAUAGGGAGAUCGGGGGGGGGGGGUAAUUGCGGGGCCUGUUCAAAGCACUAACGAGCCGCAGCGUCGAGGCCGGGUGUCGCGCGGGGACCCGGCGGGCAGGUUUGCACAGGACAAAGUGUGUGUGUGUCCGGGGGGGGGGUGUGUCCCCAUCCGUCCGUGGGGGGAGGGGGUGUCUGUAGGGGUGUCUGGGGGGGAGUCUGUGUCAGUGUCCAGGUGUGUGUGUGUCCGUGGGGGGGUGUAUGUGUCUGGGGGGGGGGGUCUGUCAGUGUCCAGGUGUGUGUGUGUGUGGGGGUCGGGGCGUGUGUGUGUCCGUGGGGGGGUGUGUGUGUCUGUGGGGGGUCUGUCAGUGUCCAGGUGUGUGUGUGGGGGGGGGGUCGGGGCGUGUGGGUGUCUGUGGGGGGUGUGUGUGUCUGUUCAUGCUACAUCCAUGUACCAACUCAACCUCAAUCCAACGGGGCUAGAACUGGGGGGGCUGCAGUGGCCGGUGGGGGGGCUGUAGCUGGGGGCUCAGCCCCCCUGGGGUGUGAGCAGGGGCCCUGCCCUGUUUCUGGCCCCUUUGUCCCCCCGCGCAGCGCGGCCCAGCCUGGAAGCAGCCCCGGGGCUGGGUUUGUUUUGAGGGAGGUGGGGGGAUGCCCCCCCAGCAGGGGGCAAAAUCCAGAGUGACUCCAGAUUCCCCCCCUCCCUGGGAGAGGCAUCCCAGGUGUCCCCCCAACCCUAGGGGCUCCGGGGGUGCUAUUCCACAUCAGUCUUCCACGGUGGCAGCUUUAACAUGUUGUGUGUUGUGUCAAACCAGCAGGGGCUCCCCUGACCCCCCAUCCCGAGCCCCCCAAUCCCCUGAUCCCCCCAUCCCCAGAGCCCCACGUCUGUGAUCGUGUUAAUUUCCAUCCUCAGACAGCAAUAAACGAGACAUAUCCCGGC